CUAUUGGAUUAUUGGAGAAGAAAUCAGAUCAGCAUGGAUUUAUUUCUCACUUCUGCUCCCAGUGCAUUUCUCCACCUCUCAGUCAUUCUGUCCUGCAGCCGUGUAGCUCUCAGCAAAGCAGAUGGCUGUGACAACCAACUGGUUUCCAAUCUGCCUCAGUCAGCCUUUAGAAGUUCAUCUCAACUUUCCAACAGUCACGGACCAGGCUACGCCAAACUGAACAGAAGAGAUGGUGCUGGUGGAUGGUCUCCACUCGACUCCAGCAAGUAUCAGUGGUUGGAGAUUAAUCUUGGAGAGAGAACUGAGGUGACAGCUGUUGCUACCCAGGGUAGAUAUGGCAGUUCAGACUGGGUAACUCGGUACCACCUCAUGUUUAGUGACACAGGACACAACUGGAAACAGUUCCAGCAAGAAGGCAGCAUUGGGGCAUUCUUAGGGAACACCAAUGCUGACAGUGUGGUAGCAUAUAAGCUCCAGCAUCCGGUCUUCACCCAGUUUCUUCGUCUGAUACCUCUGGACUGGAAUCCCAAUGGAAGAGUCGGGUUACGACUGGAGGCUUACGGCUGUCAGUACAAAUCAAACAUUGCUAGAUUUGAUGGAAGCAGCUACUUGCUCUUGAAUCCGACCACCAACCCGCAACCUAAAGAUCUGCUGACUAUGAACUUCAAAACUGUCCACAACUCCGGGGUCCUGAUGCACAUGGAAGGAAAACAUGGCCAUACUGUCACUUUGGAGCUAAUCAAAGGGAAACUCUUUCUACAUCUCAGAAAAGGUUAUUUUCACACCGGGGCGGCACUGGGCAGCCUGCUGGAUGAUCAACACUGGCACCAUGUCAGCAUCGAGCAACACCAAGGACACUUUAACUUCACAGUAGAUAAAACCACUCAGCAGCUCCAGCUCCCUGAACACCAGGGUCACUUUGAGAUGAACGAGAUCAGCUUCGGUGGAGUUUCAGCAGUAAGGACUUCUGAAAACUCCAGGAGGAAAUUCCAUGGCUGUUUGGAGAACGUGCUGUACAACAACGUUAAUGUGAUUGAACUGGCCAAAGAAAAACGACUCACCAUUAAGGGAAACAUUACAUUCUCCUGUUUGGAGGACGUCGACGUGCCAGUGACGUUUUCCAGCUCUGAAAGUUUCCUUCAGCUGCCGUGGACGUCAGCGCGUGAUAGCAUGUCGCUAAGAUUACAGUUCAGAACCUGGAACAAGGCGGGUCUCAUUAUCACCUUUGACCUCCAGCACCAGGAGGGAACACUGUGGGUUUAUCUGAGUGAGGGCAGAAUGAGGAUGCAAAUCUACAAGGCUGGGAGGGUCAUGGCCGACAGUGCAUCAGGUUCAGCACUGAAUGAUGGUCAGUGGCACUCUGUGAAUCUAAGCUUCCGUCGAGGUCGUCUGAUCCUGUCAGUGGACAAAUCAGACUCAUCUGCAGUAACUACGUCCUUCUCAGUUAUACCUGCAAGUCAUCUCUUUUUAGGAGGAUGUCCAAGUGCAAAUUACGGCUGCAGGAAUUCCUUCGACGUUUUCCAUGGCUGCAUGCGUCUCAUCCACAUGGACGAGAGUUUAGUGGAUCUUAUCAAGGUUCAGCAGAUGCUGAUGGGAAACUACAGUGGCCUGCAGGUGGACGUGUGUGGCAUCAUUGACAGAUGCUCAGCGAAUCAUUGUGAACAUGGCGGGAAGUGCACACAGUCGUGGAGCACUUUUCACUGUAACUGCACCGGCACCGGAUACAGAGGAGCAACGUGCCACAGCUCCAUUCAUGAGGCAUCGUGUGAGGCGUACAAGCAUAAAGGAAAUACGUCAGGAUUCUACCACAUAGACGUAGAUGGAGGGGGACCCAUGAAGCCACAACUUGUUUACUGCAAUAUGUCAGAUAAAGUGUGGACAGUGAUCCCUCACAACAACACUGAGCUUACUAAAUUACGGGUGUCCACUGGAAGCUCUAAGCAUAUGGCGUUCUUUAACUAUUCUGCUGACGUCGAGCAGCUCAGUGCUAUAAUUACCCGGUCAGAGCGCUGCCAGCAGGAAGUCUCCUACCACUGCAAAAAGUCUCGCCUCUUAAACACACCAGAUGGUGCACCAUUCACCUGGUGGGUGGGAAGGUCAGGAGAUGCCAACUCGUACUGGGCAGGGGCAGUACCGGGUCUCCAGCGAUGCGCCUGUGCUGUCCAUGAAAACUGUUUAAACCCGGAACGCUUCUGCAACUGUGACAGUGACCUGGAUGACUGGGUGAAUGAUUCUGGGGUUCUUUCUCAUAAAGAGCAUUUACCUAUUAGACUUUUAGCUGUGGGUGAUAUGAACAGACCAGGUUUGGAGGCGGCAUAUCGAGUGGGUCCUCUCCAGUGCUAUGGUGACAAUGAAUUUUGGCACGCAGCCCGCUUCGACAAGGAGACUUCCUACCUGCACUUUCCCACGUUUAAUGCUGAGCUGAGUGCCGACAUCUCCUUCUUUUUCAAGACGUCCUCUCACUCUGGGUUGUUUCUCGAAAACCUGGGCAUUAAAGACUUCAUCCGGAUCGAGCUCAGCUCACCAACUGAAGUUACUUUCUCCUUCAAUGUGGGCAACGGACCAUUGGAGGUACGUGUGGUGACUUCAGUACCUCUGAAUGAUGAGCGCUGGCACUAUGUGGUUGCCGAACGGAAUGUGAAAGAGGCAACACUCAGUGUGGACCAUUACCCCAUAGUGGUCCAGAAAGCCCCUGCUGAGGGCCACAUAUACCUCCGGCUCAACAGUCAGCUGUAUGUCGGAGGAACUGCUUCGAGACAGAAAGGCUUCCUGGGCUGUAUCCGUUCUUUGAAGCUGAAUGGGAAGACGUUGGAUCUGGAAGAACGGGCAAAGAUCACGCCUGACGUGCACCCCGGAUGCCCGGGUCACUGCAGCAGCUAUGGGCAGCUGUGCCAGAAUCAGGGGCACUGCCUGGAGAAGCUUAAAGGUUUCACCUGUGACUGUGAUGCUUUGCCGUAUUCGGGAACCUUCUGUCACAAAGAGAUCUCUGCAUUUUUUCGACCAGACACCUCAGUAAAAUACACGUUGAAGGAGCCGUAUGAGCUGAACAGGAACAAAAGUGCACUCUCCUCUAUCUAUUCUGGUCUGACAUCAAAAGGAGAGAACAUAUCUUUGAGUUUCCGUACCACACAAACACCCGCCAUGCUCCUCUACAUCAGCACCUACUACAGAGAAUACCUCACCGUCUUCCUCAACAGGAAUGGUCAUUUGGAGGUCAGGUAUAAACUGCAGAAUAACAGAGAUGUUGAUGUAUUCAAAUCGAAUGUGAAGAACCUGGCUAAUGGACAACUGCACCGAGUGUCCAUCAGGAGAGUCUCAGCGAGUCUCAGUUUACAGAUUGACCAGAACACUGUGGAGGACUUUAACCUAUCAUCAGACAUUGACUUGGGUGCUAUCAAAGCCAUCAUCAUCGGGAAAGUAAAUGAACCAGAAGAUCUGGAUGAAGAGACGACUCGACUGUGUGCUCUGGGUUUCACUGGCUGUCUGUCUGUAGUGCAGUUUAACUCCAUCUCCCCUUUGAAAGCAGCACUGCUGUACCCACACACCAGUCCUGUUAUAGUAACGGGGUUGCUGACAGAGUCCAACUGCGCCUCGGCUUCAUCAUCCAGUCCCUACUCCACUGAUACCACCCACUCACUAUCAGAUCAUGUCAGUUCUGUAGAUGAGCCAGUAGUUAAUGCAAUCAGCAGAGACUCGGCUUUGAUUGGAGGCGUCAUCGCUGUGGUGAUAUUUGUUAUUCUGGCCUGUCUGGCUGUCAUGGCACGGUUCUUCUACAGACGAAAGGAGACUUUUCAGACUCCAGAGUCUAAAGAAGCCAAAGUGGCAGAAAGUCCAGAAGCCGCCCUUAACAAUGACCCCAACUCACAGAGUCUAAUCACUGACAGCCAAAAAGAGUAUUUCAUAUGAUGAAAUGUCCGAUCCAGCCUUGAGAUGAUGAAACCAUGAAGCGAAUCUCCAUAUGCUCAAAACCCCAACAUCUGACACAAAUAGUGGUGUUUUUAUGGUGCGUACAUGGACUGUAAAUAUUAUUUUGAUAUAUACAUGUACAGAUUAUCUUUGUAAUGGUUGUGUUUCUGGGUUUUUUUCAGUCUGGUAUUGGAAUUAAUGAAAUGAGCUAUUGUGCACUUACAGUAGAACUGAAAAUACAGAUGAGCUAUAGCUUUGAUGCUGGAUGUAGAAGGAAUAGACUCACCGACCACUUUAUUAAGUACAUCUAGCAAGUCUGUGCAGUUAUUGCCCAUUUUAGGAGCUUUGUCUACCAUAUAGAUGCUCUUGUCGGUAUACAAGUAUUAAUUUGUCGUUCUGUACACUUGUAUACGCUGUUCUGUCACCACUUUAUAUUCCAUUAAUUGAUUAAAAUUGACCCCUAUUGGACCGCAAAUUAACAGAUAUGCCUAGUUCACACUACACGAUUUUUGCCAUUAUUUUGGUCCCUGGCAGGUCACUUACAGAUGUGCUCUUGACCACUAUGUGUGAACUGUUUAAUGACUUGAUCAGAGUGGCUUGCAGACUCAAGAAAAAUAUCUAGCAUACUAAAAAUCUGAUCCUGUCGGGAACUCUAAAUUAUGUAGUGUGAAAGAUUGUGACUGGCAGUAAAUGUGUGGUGUCGAACUACAGCCAGUAAGGGUGCAAAUUAUGGGAAACCUUAGGGAGGACUUAAAAAUGUGUGGGGCAGGUGCAUAAUAUAGUUUUAAUCAAAAUACAUCAGCACACUCACAAGCUUUACAGUAUUUGUGACUUAUCGUCCACGCCAAACCAUAAUACCAACGUUGCAUUGCAAAAAUGAUCUAUUUACCUCGGUCUCUCAGGACACACAAUCUCCUUCACCCAGAUUCUUUUCUUUUUCCUCUUUGCAUUUUCGCUGCAUAUCAGCGCACAAACAACUUUAAUCGCUUGCUUCUUGUUGACCUGCAUUUUUGGACGUAGUAUCAUUAAACCCCUCAUCACAUCAUGUGUGUUUUUGUGACAAACUUAUCUAAGAUUCCUCCUGGUGAUAGUUGGUGUAGUGUGUGACCGCUUAUCGCUGAUCAAUCAUAAAGUGUGAAAAAAAACACCAUGACUUAAAAGACUCUGGAUUACAAGAGAUCAAGUUGUGUAGUGUGAAUUAGACAAUGCAAGAGACAAUGCAAUUACAUUGACAUGAUAAUAACAUGGUACAGUGUGUUGUUCUGGUAUUAGUGUAUAAAGUGCAGCAGUGUUGUUAGGAUUUUUAAACUUAAUUUCUUAAUAUUUGUGCUGGGAAUAAAUAAAAAUAAGAUAAGCUACCAGGGUAGAGGAUGAUUAACACACAUUGUGCAUAGCUCAUAACUAGCUGUAGAAAAUAGCUCUAGUUUUAUUUGUACAGUGUCAACAGGGUAAGUGUGCCUAAUUCAGAGGCAAAAGGGUGUGAACAAUAUUUUAAAACCCCACCAACACUGCUACACCUAAUGCACCACUAUUAGUGUGUUUAAAGAUGUUUUAUUACAAUUGAGAGGCUAAGGGCCUCACUUGAGGUUCUAACACCCCUAGCCUGGCAUACGCAGGGUUUUGAACAACAGCCUUCUGAUUGGAAGUCCACUUAAUCACCACUGUUCAACAACCAUGCCAUUACCAUGUUAGUGCCUUUGCAUUGCAAAAAAAUGGUCCAGCUGGCCACUGGGACAGUGGUAGCAUUGUGGGUAAGCCUUAGACUUUCAACUGAAAGGUUGUACGAUGGCUGACCCUGAGCUCUGACCCCAGCUUUUAAACAAGCUGGAAUACAUGAAGAAAGAAUUUUGUUGUACUGUACAUCUGUAUAGGUAUAUAUGACAAAUAAAGGCAUUCUAAAUAAUAUCUGGUUAGUGGGGGACCUAUGGGGAUUACAUUGCAUUCCAAAAUGUACAGAGCAACAAAUGGCUUACAGUUAGUACUUGUAUACCCAGAAGUGCACCUCUGUGGUAGGUUUGUCUAAAAUAUGUCAAAUUGAAGUACUUUGUAUAGAAUAUUGCCCUGCGAUUGACUUGUGACCUGUCUGGGUUUUUGCACCUUUUGCCUAGUGAUUUAUACCCACUACAACCCUGAAUUAUAGUGACAAUGAAUGAAUCUAUAGAAGAUACAUUCACCAAACACUUCAUUGGGUAGGCAGUCAUGUAGACCAGUCAACUGUAAUGCCAGCCCACCACUGCUGAUAUUCGAGUAUGAAUCUCACCGGUGCUAUCAGCCGGCCAGGCGAUAGCUACCUCUGAGAGAUGAGAUGGCUGAAACCCUGUGAUGGAUUGGUGCCCUAUCCAGGGUAUUUCUUUCUUACACCGUGUGUUACCCAGUGGAACCUGACCUUUAAGUUACACCUACCAACCAGAUAAACUUGUGUUAGCACCCUGUACCCCAUGUCUAAAUCAAAGGGAACCCCAUAAAACCUCAUUUGACUAGAUGAUGUUUGGGUGGUGGCCUCUCCAGUAGGAACACUUGAUUAGCACUCAUUCUAGGUGUACACUUAAAGAAUAGAGCCCAAUUUGUGUGUUAAUUUUCUCUAGACGUUUAUUUGAGGCCACUUUUGUUCACUUUUGGCUUAGUUUUGGCUGGAGCACUAGUUUCCUUGACACUAUGUUGUUUAAAAAUCCCUACAACACUGCUGUACCUGCUGUACUUAUACCAGUAAAACAAAUAUUACCGUAUUACAUUACAGGCCAUAUUACAGGCCACCUCCCAAUCAUAUUUAGUCAGUAGAGGUACUAUGGGGGUCCCUUGCGAUUGAUUAAUGAGGUACGGUGGUGGGGGUGCCAAAGAGUACAGAACAACAGAUGGGUUACAGUCUGGGUUAAUUGUUUUCUCACAAAGUUUAUCUGUAUGGUAGCUGUAGCUUAUAAAAUAAUCAAGAAAUGUACCUAUCAGAUUGGUGUUCCCAAUUAUAUCCCUAAUGAGUGUACUGUAAGUGGUCAGUGAGUGUAUAUGUAUAAUAAUGUAGUCUGUGCUGCCCACCACAUGUUUUCUGGUAAGCACUAAUGAUAAUAAACACUAAUGUAAAGUGGUGGCAGCUCAGUGGUUAUGGUAAUGGACUCAGAAUUCGGGAGGUCACCACAAUUACAAGGUUGCCACUGUUGACCCUUCUGUUGCUUGGACUGAACUUGAUUGUAAGUCACUUUGGAUAAACAUGUGUGUUAAAUGCUGUAAGUGUAAAACUAAGUGUACAGUGAUCUAAGCCCUGCUGAAUUACUCAACUACAAGCGUUUAUCAGUUGUUGUUUUUUUUAAGAGGGUCCAUCAUGUUUUCAAAAAAUGCACAUUGUUAAACAUUAAAAACAAAAGCAUAUGGUUAUAUAAA